AUGCUCAACAAAUUACCAAGUAGAAUUAAGGAGAAUAUUACCUGUGAACAUGGUUUAAAACAGUGGUCGCUUGAUGAACUCAGACAACACUUAUUUAAUGAGAUAAUUAUAUUAGAAGCCGGACAAAGAGUUAAUUUAGAAUCAGAUGAAACAUUGCAUAUCACAGUAUACCUUGCAAAAACUGACACAAAAAAUAACUACAAUAACAAUAACAGAAAGCCACAGAAAAGUGAGGUAGCCGUUCACACGCGGAAACCAUGUAUUUAUUGCGGUGAGUCUCAUAGCCCUAAUACAUGUAUGAAAAUUGUUGACCAAAAAGCCCGUCUACAAAUCCUUAAACAAAAGAAAGCUUGUUUUAAUUGUCUUGGCAACCACCGAGUUACAGAUUGUAAGUCUAAAGGAACUUGUAAACAAUGUGGACGAAAACAUCAUACCAGUAUUUGUUUAAAUAAGAGACUUCAGUCUUCGUUUUCUAGCAACAGUAUUUCGAAUCAUAACAAUAAAGAUAAUAAACCCGCUUCAUCAGAUAAGCUAGAUAUAGUCGAAACCGCAUCAGCAAUGCACUGUACUACAUAUUCACAAGUACUUCUCAAGACCGCAAUAGCUACUGUGCACUCAAACGCGCAAGUCAGUAGAGACGCAAACAUACUAUUCGACGAAGGGGCUCAGCGCUCAUUUAUUACAGACAGUCUAGCGGAGCAACUAGAACUAAAACAAUACGGAACAGAAGCCAUAUCAAUUUCUGGAUUUGGAGGAGGUAACGGAUCAAUACGCCAUUUGAAAACCGCUGACAUAUUUGUACUCACGGAAGACGGAAGCCGCAUACAGCUGAAUAUACUCAUUGUUCCUGAAAUAGCUUCACCGAUACGGAUACAUACUACCGAGACAACUAACUUACCUUACUUGCGCGGAUUAAAAUUGGCACACCCGCUUUCAGGACAUGACGUUGUCUCCGUAAAUUUAUUGAUAGGCGCUGACCAUUAUUGGGAUUUCAUGGAAGAUACGAUAAUACGAGGCAACGGUCCAACUGCAGUCAAGUCAAGAAUAGGGUAUUUGCUAUCCGGCCCGACACAGAAAUCAACAGAAGGAACUACUUCAAUGAUGAACAUUUUAAUUGGACACAAAGAAGAGGAAUAUGAUUUAGAAAACUUCUGGAAAAUCGAGUCAUUAGGAAUAACACCACAGAAUAAGGAGAAAUCAAACGCAUAA